CGCUGCAAUUGUGCGCCACCACUGCUCCUGGUUAUAUUGUCUAGCCUGUUCAAGGAAGAUAGAGACUAUCUGAUACUAGUCCGAGCUGUGGUAGUCGCAAUACUGUAGUUGCAAUAUUGGGGCAUUUCGCCGACACCUCCGUCACAAAGCCUUCAGCCGUUACCCGCCCCGCUGCCCGUACUGUAACGACAUCCAAGGACUCUAGACAGUUUCUCGUGCACUCUACUACCGUGCGAUUUUGGAACUCCUAAGGACGCUACGGCCCAAAACCACAUCUCCAAACCACCCACAAUCCACACCACUACCCGGCACUUCUCCUAUCCCCCACUAACCUACCUCUCCACAACCUCCUACCUCUGCGUCUCCUUACAACAAUGGCGCAAAACGCCCCCAAAUCGAAACCGCGCUCCACUGGCUCCUCCUCGUCCACCAAAUCCCGCAAUGCAGGUAAACAAACGCCUCGAAAUCGAGUCUUCAAGCCCAAAAAAGCAUCCCUCAUAACCGCGCAAAAGAUCAAGAAGAAGAAUGCCGCUGGCCUGGUGACACAGACAGAAAAGCUGUUGGCGGAGAGGGCGGGACAUAUGGAGGUUUUGAAGGGUGGGAAGAAGGAUAGGGGGAAGGCGAAGGCGAAGGAAGGGAGGGCGAAGGCGUAGGGUGUUUAAGAAGGAAGGGGCCAAGAGCGAGAAGUUUGUAUUGGAAAUGAAGAGAGGGAAUGAAAAAGAACUUGGUAAGUUUCAGGAGGAAAAAGUAUCGAGAUGAUUUUAUAGCUUG